GGAGUCGCCCCCUGCUGGACACUAGAGAGAAUGCAGGUGUAUUUUAAAUGUCAGUAUCACAGUCGAUUAUGUUCAUUCAAUCGUGGGAGGCCGAAACCGUGAACACGAUUAAUAUUUGAUUGAUUGCGCAGCCCUAACACGCCCACACACACACACACACACACACACACACACUGAUAAUUUCUUAACUUCUGCACUGCCUCCUCUUAUCUUUAGUCAAAUAUAUUAAAUUGUGUCUAAAAACUUUAUUUAUUUUAAAAAGGGCAAGUUUUGGCAGACGAUGGGCUUUUCUGCCACCGGCAAGCAGUUUCUCCUCCCUGAAGAGGCUCUCUACCUGAUGGAGUGUGGGGACCUGCAGGUGCUUCACCAGGACCUGCCGCUGUCCAUCCAGGACGGGUACGAGAAGUUUCUGUCCUCGAGCACAGUCAGCCUCCUGCAGUAUCAGGUGUUCGGACAUUUGAAGAGGCUUGGCUACGUGGUGCACAGGUUCGAUCCCAGUUCUCAGCCGUCGUCCUAUGCGAGGCAGCUGAACCUGCCUCAGUCACGUGACAGAGCGGAACAACGUGUGAAGAGGAAGCGCAGCGACAGUCCCUCUACAACAUCUAGUCACACUGAAGCACAAGAAGAAUCUGACAGAAUGGAGGACAAACGCAGCGGCCAUGAAGGUGAGGAUGAUGAAAAACUUCCAGAGUCACACUCGGUGACGUCUCCGGAGACUUCAGGCACCCACAAUGCCGCUGCAAGCUCAGCAGGCGCAGGCAGAGGCGGGACCUGGUGGAUGGCGGAUGUUCUCGGGGACCAAUCGGAUCACCAGCGCGCCUCUGGUUCUUCCUCUCACCGGGACUUCAGCUCCAUCCUUUUCCCCGACCUGGGCUCCAGGGAGCACCUCCCCAGCUGCCUGGCCUCACCGGACCCUUCUCUGCUCCCCGGGUCUUUGGCUGUGGGGGUCUGUGACGUGUCCCACUGGAGGCGGAGAAUAAACCUGAGGGAGGUGAAGAUGUCCUCGAAGGAGCAGGAGAGGGAAGAGGCCAGACGGAAGCGCCGGUGGGACGUCAACAAGGACAGACAGGUUCGGCAGUGCAGAAACUGGGCGGAGUAUCGGGAGCUCCUGGCGAGGCGUGGGGGGAGGCGUGGGGGGAGGCGUGACGGCCGACCGGCACACCUGUGGAACAGGGAAGUCACUCCUUUACAUGACCCAAGACAACCAAUCCCCACCGGGCAGCUGCUGGAUAAAAUCAGUGUGAUUGAAUCUACACAUUUACUCGAGGGAGCGUCCAGAGGAGACCGAGUUGAAGCGGUGGUGCUGUGUGUUUUUGACCAAUCAACGACGUUCAUCCUCACAAAAAACACCACCCUGAAAGUUCCUGUACUUUCCUUUUAAGGGGUAAAAUGUUUCUGGAAUUCAAUAGUUCCUCAAAUGGGUCGUAGUCCCCGGGAGAAGGUCCUGCGGUUGAAAAACGGGCCUAAGCGGGCGUUUGGGGUGAAGUGUGGCUUCAGGUUUGCGGUGAGACGACGAAAUAUUGUUUGGGAACUUUUUCAAAUAGUGGUGUCCUCUCACUUUGUCCUCUCACACGUAUUAAAAUGUCUUAUUUCUAAUUCACAAAGGUCUUAAAUAUUUCUUGUUGCCUGCCGUACACCGUAACUUUUUUUCAUGCUCUUCUCAAAGGCACCAGACUACAUUCACAAAACCAGUAAUUACAUUACAGAGCAUGGGAAUUGCUUCUCUACCGCUGCAUUAAUCGGUUAGUUAGUUGGUGUUAUUGUGUGACUUUGGUGUUUUAGUUCGGAUUCACCAAAGUCACACGAUAACACAAACUAACCGAUGGAGGCAGCGGUAGACCAGCAACUCCUGUGAUCUGAAACUUAAAAUUACUGUUUGUUUGUCAAUGGAGUCUGCUGUCUUUGAAGAGAGCAUAGAUAACAGCAGGUCCAGUGAAAAUAGUGUAAAUAUAGCGUUCACUUGAACUGAUAUUGAUUCUUUUAGGUGACUAAAAUACGUCCACAGCAGUGCUUUACUCCUGUGCUGGUACUCCUGUCACU